GUGGGUGAGGAAAGGAAACAGAGUGCCACGUUUUCAGGAGGAAGAACGGAUGUUGAAGCACCGGGGAGGAAUGGUCACGGGUAGGAAGAUAUCGGUCCGCAGGUGUCUCGGUCGGCCACGUACACAUAUUUUGGGAACCCUCGCAAAUUUCAGACGUGCACUUCAUUCAGUAAGCAGUUGGGCUGACAGGUACACGUCUCUAGCAUCACAGACAGAAGACUUGUUUGGAGGUUUUAAGAUUUGAAGUUAUAUUGUAUUUUCACCAUUCAAGAUGGAAAUUAGUACUAUUCUCACUCUACUAGUUGGGUUUUUAUCUUCAUUUGUCAGGGCGGAUGAUCCAGAUGUUGUUGCCAUGGUUACCCACAAAGUCAAAUUUGACAUAAGCAUUGGUGGAGAGCCAGCGGGCACAAUUGAACUUGGUCUCUUUGGAGACGUUGUUCCCAAGACAGUUGCCAAUUUUGUGGAGUUUGCUGAUCCUUUGAGCAAGGAAAACUAUGUUAACACCAAAUUCCACAGGGUGAUCAAGAACUUCAUGAUCCAAGGUGGUGACUUUAUGAGUGAAGAUGGAUCAGGAAGCAGAAGUAUCUUUGGUAAGGAUCACUUUGAGGAUGAGAACUUCAGGUUGGACCACUAUGGAGCUGGAUGGUUGGCCAUGGCCAAUGCUGGACCCAACACCAAUGGCUGCCAAUUCUACAUCACCACGGUGAAGACAAAGUGGCUGAACGGAGCCCAUGUCGUCUACGGUAAAGUUUUGGAUGGUAUCGAUGUUCUGGCUGCCAUCGAGAACACCGAGACAGACGACAGCGACAAACCUCUGAAGGAUGUAGUGAUUACCAAAUCAUCGAGUGAAGAAGUACCAAGGUCGGAGCAGUUUGAGGUGGAGAAAGCAGGUGUAACAAUGCCAGUACUGUGAGAUGCUGGUCAGCUCUGCGGGGGGGGGGGGGGGGGUCUUCAGAUAGGGCAUACUCAGGAUAUCUCUCCACAUGGCUUAUUGAAGGGUCUUGAUUAAAUAAUGCAAAGAAAGGGGAUGUAAGUAUUUUCUAUACUGUUAAAUUUUUAACAAUGCCUUGGAAUCGUC